AUGAAAGGAAAUGAAGAUAACGUCUCGAGAGAUGAGAUGUCUGAAUUCAAAUUUAUCUCAACACCUGUUUCCAGUCAAAUUGUAGAAGACAAAGAACAAAAAGUGAAGGAAAAGAGUCAACUUCUUAUUUUUAAUGACAUAGGAACAUCAAGAAUGCAAGGAGUCAUUUAUCAAAUUAACAUCCAGAGUCGUGAAGUUAGUCAACAAGAAAAAAAAACUUUGUUGUCAAUGUUAAAGUUGGAUUUUCCACAAGCAAAACGAAGAGAUAUCCACAUCAAUCAAUUAAUUGAAAUAUAUUGA